AUGUCUUCUACUAUCGAACAAAACUUUGAAGAGUGCUAUUGUACUGAGUGCAUUAAAAAUUAUAAUGGAUACACCUUAGUGUCAAAGAGAACUGCCCAGCGUCAUGGCAAGAAAGCAGCUUUAAAAGAUGCUAUCAGAAGUGAACUUGCUAUUGUAGUCCAAGAAUCUGGAUCCGUGGAAGUUCUUGCACGUCAGUCUGACUUACCCGUUUUGGAUAUCUCCCCUAUGUCAGUUGACAAUGAGGUCGAUGUCGAUUUCAAUGACAUGGACUUUGAGUAUGAGAGCAAUGAGAAUGGAGAAAAUACUGUUGAUAUUGAUGUUGAAGAAGUUGACACUGAAUGCGUGUUUUCAAACAGUAGUAUGCCUGAGAAUCCUGUACACAGAUUCAUCGCAACAUUCACUGUGCUAUUUGCAUCCCGCUACGUGGUCAACAAGGGUGCAGCUGUCUUGAUUGAGUUCAUCAACGAGCUCUUGAAGAUUUACGAGCGGGACUUCCAGCUUCCCACAAGUCUGCCUGGUAUUCAGCGUAUGACGGGAUUAUGUGAGCUCUCCAAGGGCAUAAGACGGUUUGUGGCCUGCGAGGAUUGUCAUGCAAUUUACGAAGAAAAUCAAUCUGUUCCUCCUUGCUGCGUCUUUGUAAAGAAAGGUGCUCGUGCAGAUUGUAACUGUGAAUUGAUAAAGAAAUCUUCGUCUGGUGCUUUGGUUCCCAAGCGUAGUUUCCAUUACCAGUCCAUCAAAAAUGCUUUCAAGAUUCUUUUUAAUCGUCCAGGCUUCGAAUAA